AUGAUAGAGCUGUCAGAGCACCAGUGGAGGGGUCCUGAGCUGGAGCUGGAUCUGGACUGUUCUGUGAUUAAUGGCUGGGGACGCGCCCCACUAAUUGUGGUCCCUGACACAGGCACACGUCCCCUGACAAAGCAGGACAGAGCUGGAGCAGGGUGCCAUGCUCAAUCACCUUCAGUGGGCUGCACAGGACACUUCAGCGGGGAGGUCACAGGAGACUCUCUGAUGACAGUAGAGGAGAGGGCACAAGUGGACACUCCGCUUAACAAAGUUCACAGAGUUGGAGCAUGUUGA